AUGGGACUUUAUCCGAAAAAACGCAAGUUGGCUCCCAAAGUCGAAGAGGUCACCUUCGACUCCGAUGCUCGCGAGGAAUACUUGACUGGGUUCCACAAGCGCAAGGUGCAGCGCAUGAAGCAUGCGCAAGAGGUAGCAGAGAACAGGGCGCGUGAGGAGAAGCGACAAGAUCGGAAAAGGCUUCGCGAAGAACGAGCUGCUGAAUUCAACCGAGCAAUGGAGGAGCACAAGCGACAGCUCAAGCAAAUGAAAGUAGAGAAUGGCGAGGAUAGUGAAAAUGAAUCCGAGGACGGGAAUGAAGAAGAAUGGGAGGGCAUUGAGGAGCCUCCAGCGGUUGAUUACGAAGCCGAAUACAUCGACGAAGACAAGUACACCACUGUGACGGUCGAGGAAAUGGACGCAUCUCGAGAGGGUCUUCGAAAGGCAGUGCAUCAAGACGACACAGAAGAUGAGGAGGAGAAAUCUACAGAAAAGCCCUCCGCCGAAACAGAAGAGGCAGAGAAAAAGCCUGCGAAGAAGGUCUGGAAACGUGCGUCAGACAUGCCAAAGAAGAAGAAGAAGCAAUUCCGAUACGAGAGCAAAGCCGAUCGCAAGCUCACUCAGGCCAAGCAACGACUUACAAAAUCGAAAAAGGCCAAGGCUCGGAGAGAGCAGUGA